AUGGACGGUGACACUGACUACUAUCGUAUUCUGGAGAUAGACGAAUCGGCGGAUGAGGCGACUAUUAAACGGGAAGUCAAAGCAAAUUACAAACGUCUGGCGCUGAAGCAUCAUCCUGAUAAGAACCCGGGUGACGAGAAUGCCACUGCGAGGUUCCAGAAGAUUCAACAUGCCUUUGACAUUCUAUCUGAUGAUAGUAGACGCAAACAGUACAACGAAGGGAGGGCUAGGCGUAGCGGGGAUACAGCGGCCCGUAAGGCCAGAGAAGCUGAGGAACAGGCUGCACAUGCGCGAGCUGACGCUCACAAGAAAGAGGAGCAAGAAAGACAACAUCGUGCUGAGCAGCAGCAGCAGCAGCAGCAGCAGUGGAAGCGACAGCAGCAACACAACAGGCAACGCCGACAACAGGAGGAUCAACACCGGCGCGAGGAAGAACAACAGCGAAAGCAACAACAACAGAGAGAGGAACAAGCACGACGUCGACGAGAGGAACAACGGCAGAGAGAUGAGCAACGUCGCCAGGACGAGCAGCGCCGACAAGACAAACAACAGCGCGCCAGGGAGGGGUAUGAAGCCCAUGAGAAAGCAGAAAAGCAACCAGAUCCUGGCGUAGGACAGCCGGAGCACGCCAAGUCAUUUCUCAAGUGGAUCAACGACUUCGUUCAGUCCGCAGCCCCAACUCCGAUAAGUCGCUUGUUUAAGUCGAUUCAGUCGAAUUGGACACCAUCCCAUUGGUUGUGGUUACUCGGCUUCAUUCUUGUGUGCAUUGCAUGGUCUCUCCGCGGCAGCUCUACACCUAGGGUGCCUAGAUCUGAACUCCGGCAGGUUUCCAGGGCACCACCUCUUCCGGCUCCUUUAGACGAGAUGCUAAAAGGACUUCGGACUGGUCGAAGCCUUGGCGAAGUACAAACCCGUUUUGCUAAAAAGUGCAAUUUGCCUUACGAGCUGCAACUUAAGGAGCCUGUCGUCGGGGCUUUGAUUGAUGAUCUAGACGGCCGCUCAUCUGUUGAAAUGUACUGGGACUACUCUUCCAAUGCAGUCGAUGGGGUCGUCGAGGCGUACCUGGUCACCGAUCGCUUAAUCGCUGAGGUCGAGAAGACGAUCGAGGCAUCCAUGUCUCAGCUGGAGGGGAUGAUACUCCCUCAGCCACCGUUAUACUACCGACUCAUAGGGACUCACACGACAACAAGCAGCCGGAGAACAGACGAAAAGUCGACUCGCUCUGGACUCAACAAGGCGAAGCAGUCGGAUUAUUUCUACAGCGACACGAGCGAAGCCAGGGAGGAAAUCUCGAAAGCGGGAGCGGCCAUGCUGGCUCUACAAGACAGACUCUUGCACAUUGGAGCUGUGCGCGAGCGUGCUACGCAGCGAUCGGAGCGAGCUGAGAACAAGUCAGUCUGA